AUGAACGCGUCCGACGCCGACCGACAGAUCAAGCAGAUGGUCAACUUUAUCCUGCAGGAGGCGCAGGAGAAGGCCAACGAGAUCCGCAUCAAGACGGAGCACGACUUCAACUUGGAGAAACAAAUGCUGGUGCACAACGCCAAAAUCAAGAUCCAGGAGGAAUACACUCGCAAGGAGAAGGAGCGUGAGAUCAACAAACGCAUUGCUCGCUCGGCGGAGAUCGGUGCCUCACGUCGACAGAAGAUGAUUGCGCGUGACGAGCUCCUGAAGACGCUCAUUGUGGACGGUCAGGCCCAGUUGAAGAACUACACGACCGCCGACGAGAAGAACAAGGCAUUGUUGCGUGACCUUAUCGUCCAGGGGCUGAUCAAGCUGUAUGAGACCGACGUGGUGGUUGCUGUGCGCUCCAAGGACGUGCGUCUAGCGGAGAUGGUGAUCAAGGAAGCCACGGACAAGUACAUCGCUACCAUGAAGAAAGAGGCCAAUCUGGACGUGAGCAAGGUCAAAGUGACGCUUAAUAAGGUGGCUGAUGGCAUGCUGCCAGAAGCCAAGGCUGGCGGUGUCGUGUUGUACGCCAAACAGGGCAAGAUCGUGUGCGACAACACUUUGGACACGCGUCUGGACCAAAUCUACUACGACCUUAAGCCCACGGUGCGCAAGAUGCUAUUCCCGACUCCGUAA